CCUGGUAAUAGCCUCCUCAGCUCAUCCUAUUCUCACACAACUAUUCAAAUAUGAACUUUCACGAUCCCUUAAUUUCUCCAUUUUUUCAUGAUGGACGCGAAUUCAGUCUCCGAAAAUAUGAAGGAGAGCGGGGAUCCUCACAAUGCUCAACCCAAGAACUUGCUAUCAAACUUACCAACCCGCCCACUAACCCAAGAACAAAUCGCGUUUGAGACAAAAAACACGCGUCCUUCAGACAGGGAAGAGACCGUGAAAACCGGAAAGAAUCCUCGGAGUACACCAGGAGCAGUCAUUUCCAGAAUUGAGCAUAUAUUUGAGGACAUCACAGAUUGUUUGCUAGAGGGGGGAAAAGAGCUCGUGAUACCGUUCAAAAGUCGACAUGGAAACCGAAGCCAAACGGAACAUAGACGUGGGACGGAGGGGAGUUCGACGUCUGAGACUAGAUUGGUUACUUUUCCUAACAAAUCGCCACGGGAAACAAGGAGAUUCGGUGGGUUGGUAGAUUCUGGGAAUGGAGUUGGAACUGAUGAGGUGUAGCAAUAUUACUUCGUAUUCUCGAAUUAUCUCAUGAAGCGCUUGUUACGGGGAUUGUAACUACCAAGAGGUUUGUGUUUUUGCUCUAUGCUUCCUCUGUUCUUACAGCUUUUCUAUGUACUUGUUCAUUCUGAUAUUUCGGCAGAGACAUUUAUUAUCGGGAUCCUGAGUUGUUUGUCAAGCAGGCGGUUGUCGAUCGUUAUGUUGACGAUAUUGCCUAUACGUUUGCGGUGGAGCGCGAUGCUUUGAACGUGGUAUGCUCGAAGAUCACCUUUGAAUUCUGAUAUUCAUGCGUUGAGAUUCUGAUGCCCACAAGGUUGCCGCAGCAAAAGGCCUUGUUGCCGGAUCUUUCACCAUUACCAAAAAAGACGGGUCAACCGUUGACUUUUCUGUAGAGAACGAGGUUUGCUCUGUUCUAGAUACUUUGCAAACUCAUGUCUAACAAGAUCAGGGUAUCUUGGUUCCAAACUCUAAAGACCUUCAAAAUAUUCAGUUUCAAGAAGUGGAAUGGAUUCUUGUGAUAGAAAAAGAGGUAUUGUCGACCAGCAUAAUGCCGAAGAACUGAACUAACAACCAAAGGCAACGUUCCGGACAUUGGCAACAAGCAAAUACUGGCAAGACUCAUUGGCCGGAAAAGGUAUUAUCAUUACUGUAGGCUCCCCAACGUCCCAUCCAACUAUUAUACCUCUAACCUCACGCAGGCAAAAGGAUACCCCGACAUCCAAACCCGACAAUUCCUCCACCUCCUCUCAACCCAACACUCCUCCCCUCCAAUCUUCGCACUAGUAGACUUCGACCCCGACGGGUUGGGAAUACUAUCAAUCUACAAGCACGGCUCCGCAGCCCUCGCCCAUGAGCCUAAUCUAGCGGUCCCAUCCAUCCAAUGGCUCGGGGUUCGAAGUCGUGACUUCCUCCACGAAGAAAGGGAUUUGCAGGGCCUGUUGAAAAUGACAUCCCGCGAUCGAAGGAUCGCGGGCAAGAUGCUGGGGAAGAAGAUGUUUGAGGAGGGGGGCUGUGAGAGUGAGUGUAGGAGGGAGUUGCAGGUUAUGUUGAUGUUGAAUGUUAAGGCCGAGAUCCAGAUUCUUGGGAAUGGGGAAAGGCUUGGCGGGUGGUUGGAUGGGAAGUUGAAGGAGGGUAUUGGGAAGGUUAAGAUGGAGGCUGAGAUGGCUUGAUUUGUGUGACGGUGGUAUUUAAUUGAUGAAAAUUGCUUAGAUUGCAACAAGUACAGCUUGGAGAUUGAAAAGGAGAUACCAAAAAAGCAAAAACUAGAAGAUAUCUCUCUCAUGUCAUAGUCUAAACAGCCAGUUCUGUUCAUGAAAAGGGUCUUUGCAGUUCAUA